CGAGGAGAGGCAUGUGUACCACCAUCCGACAAACCUGCGUCUCUGGACCUAAAUGCCACUAGGUAAUCGGGUGUCCGUUUCAUCGUGGAAUAAUAGAUGGGGAAGCAACAGCCAAGCCGUCAGAAUUUCUGAAGUGGAUGAACAUCAGAACCAGAUGGAGCUUAAACCACAUGCUGAACCCAUGACCUUUAAAACCAGGCAGUGCAUUCAUUAAAGUAAACAUGGUUGAUGUGGAUUUCCAAAUAAAAGGAAAGAAAUGGGGCAGAACUUACAGUAAUUAAUAAACCUACAAGUUGUAGUGGUAAUUCAUAGCAUUGUCUAAAGAAACUUCUCACAUCAAGCAAUAAUGUGUCCAGAGUACUUCAGUUGUGACAAAUUUGUACAACACUCAUAUAUCACUAAUGGAAUAAAAUACAAAUCAAUGAAAAUCUAGAUUAAUUAGUCUAUUGGUGAUUUGUAAAGUCUGGAAUAAACUGUACUCCGGCUUUCUCCCCAUUUUAUGGAGACCUCGCAUAGCCAGUUGACCACAGGGGAACAAUCUGCAGGUUUAGAAAAGCCUCAUAAUGAGUCUUCAUUGGAAAGCUCCCAGCCAAGGUCAGCACCCCUGUAUCAUGAUCAUAACAAGGCUACACCACCCACAACAAGGCAGCACCAUCAACAACAGCCUAAACUACUUAAUAUUGAGAGAAAACGUCUCCGGUUACAGAGAAAAACUGCUCAGGUAACAGACACUAUUGAAAGGGUCAAGUCAUCAAGGGCAUCUGGUAGUUCUGAAUAUCUUGAUGCUAACAUGAGGCAGUCUAGUGGAAUGCCAUCUGGAACUACAGGUGCACCAUCCUGUUCCAUGGACAAGGCUGUGGAAGGAACGCCUAGACAAAAGCGUGAGCGUAAACCUCAAAAGCCUGGAAAGUAUGUGUGCUCCUACUGUGGUCGAGCUUGUGCUAAACCCAGUGUGCUUCAAAAACACAUCCGAUCCCACACUGGAGAGAGACCUUACCCUUGUACACCUUGUGGCUUUUCCUUUAAGACUAAAAGUAACCUUUACAAGCACAUGAAAUCCCACACUCAUAUGGUGAAAGCUGGUCUGACUGGAGACAGGGAGGGACCAAGUAUGAGUUGUUCAGAGGAGCCAGUUACAGAAUCAGAUGAAGAAAGCCAACCAUCAUCAUCUUCCAUCUUAGGAAAACAAAAGAUGUCCAUUCAAAGGCCAAAUACAGCAGAAAGGUGCUCUGAGGGACAGUCACAAGGUUUAGAUGACUCCCAUGCAGUUAAAAAGAGACUUGCAAUGAGACUUAGCAGAGGAAGACAUACACCUUUAGGAUCAUCUGAUGAAGCAUCAUCCUCAUUUGGUCUGAGCAGCAAAGGAAGCACAGAGUCUGGCUAUUUUUCUCGAUCUGAGAGCAUGGAAGUCUCUCAGGACAGUCCAACAAACACAAGUGCCAAAAGCUAUGCAGAGGUCAUCCUUGGAAAGUUUGGUCGCCUUGGACACUUGCAAAGGACUGCUCAUCAACAGCAUGUCCAUCCUGCAGGGCAAGAAGGGAAGAGAAUUCCAUUCACUGUACCCAAAAGGCAAGUCAUUGACCACAUCACUAAACUCAUCACCAUCAAUGAGGCAGUAGUAGACACCAGUAUGAUUGACAGUGUUAAACCCAGAAAGUUUUCACUCUCCAGGAGAAACAGCACAGAGUUGAAGCCGAUCUACUCUAAAGAGCCAUUUCUUUAUAGUCCAAAAGAUAUAGAUGUGAGCUCAAAAAGCAGUGGCUCCAUCACACUUGGUGUACCUUGUGAGAAGUUUCAGCACCAUUCUGUCAGUAUCCAACAACCAGCUGAUCCAACAUCCACUGCUCCUCUUCUGAGAAGUCAAUCCAUGCCUUCAGAUGCAAGUGUUAAUGAUGUGUCUGAAACUUCUCAUAACCUUCGUCUCAGCCAAUCCUUUGAUGACCAGCAACCAGUUCAGAAUCGGCGUCAUGGUAUGCUAAGACGACAGCCUGCCAUUGAAUUGCCCAUCGGUGCUGAAAUUACUACAGAAGAGCAACCCCAUUCCAGCUCACCAUUUCAUUCCUCUGAUCACAGCCAAAAACAAAAAUCAUUUGAGUGUGAUGUGUGUGGUAUAUUUUGUAAUGACAUGGAGGGAUAUCAAACACACAAACAACACUGCUGCACAGCUCAUCUCUCUCAACAAACUGAAAUUCCAGUCUGUCAAGUGGAAGAUCCUCAAAGAAUACUCACUUCUCGUCUUGGUGUUUUGGGAUUUCGAAAAAGAAGAAAAGAAGAAAGUCUUGAACUUGAAGAUCCUUCAUUACCAUCAGUUUCUUUUACACCAAUAACAAGGUAUUCAACAUCUUGCGAAAAGCCUAUAAAAGGGACCAUUGUAUUAAGUCAAGAACAUGGUCCAGAAGCUGCUUUGAAAGGAAUAUCAGUCAUACAGCAUACUAGUUCAUUUGAGAAACAUGAUUGCACCUUAAAAACCCCAGGACCAGAUGAUGUCUCUCACUGUCAUGAUGUCAGUCACUCUUCCCCUCACUCACAAUCAAAGCAGCAGACAACAAAACCAAACUUCCAUAAAUUUGUACACCAGGACAAUGUCCAAGUGCCAGACAUUCUAGUCACAGAAGAUUCAAACACCAACACCAUGACAGUAUCACCCCCUCCGACUGUCCUUAAAAUGAAGGACGUUGAAAAAGUCAAUGAUUUCCAAUGGCCCCAAAGAAGUCCAACUUUGGCUCAGCUUCCAAUUGAGAAGUUACCUCCUAAAAAGAAGCGUCUCCGCCUUGCAGAAGCUGCCCAGUCCUCAGGGGACUCAAGCUUUGAGUCACUCUCCCUGCCUCACAGUCCGAGUCAAGACAGUUGUUUGUCUCACACCUCCAGUAGAUCAGCUUCAUUUGAGGAGUCUUGCAAAGCUGAUGCAGAUGUGAUGCCAACGAGGAGAUCACGGGCCACUCAUACGUUGACAGUUCCCACAAGUUCUCACAGAGAAAUGCGACGUUCUACAUCUGAGCAGGCACCCCAUGUUCCUCAACAUGCUAACUUUAUCACAGAAUCUCGCAGUAAGUCAUUUGACUACAGUUGUUUGUCCCCAGAUCGGACCCCUGCUGGUUGGAAAGAAAGGAGGAAAUGCCUUCUAAUGAGGCAUUCUGCUGUAAGAGAACCUGAGGAGGAAGACCAACCUUCAAAGGUCUUCAACGCCAACUCUCCUACUAGAUGCCACAGACCAAAGACCUCCCAACAUUUGUCUUCAAGCAAUACUGUGCACUCAUUUGGUGAAAAACAGAUCAUGCAGUCACAGAAUGUUUCAUCAUAUAAUACCCCACACAAUGUGAUGCAACUGACCCCAUUCAUUCAUACAGAUCAGCACACAACAGAAGGAAGUCUGCUUUAUCCAACAUGUGCUGCCAGAGCUCAUUAUUCUCCAGUGACUACAGGACUCAAGCUUGAGAUCCCUAUUCAAAAUUACUUUGGGAAUUCUUCUACAAGGGUUAGCCAGCCAUACCUCACUCAUCGCCACCAUCAGCAUCUCGAUUUUGAUGUUACUUUAAGUCCUGGGCGGCUGAUGCCUUUACCAGCCCAUAGAAUUCCAGUCCGUCUUAAUUCACACCUUCCACUCAAUGCUGGCUCCAUUUAUACCACAGUUUCACAAACAUUUGGUGCAAGGCCUCAGGAACCUGGCAACUCUGGUGUCAGUUCAUUUGCAGUGGUUUCCAAGUGUGAAACGAUGGAGCAGCAACCAAUGUCUAAUAUAUCCAAAUCAGAAAGUGCUGGGGUGAACAAACACGUGCUGUCCACCACAAGCAGUGAGGAGCUCAGCCCAGAGAGUGAACAACAGCAGAAACAUGUGAAAGAGGAGGAGGAAGAGGAGGAUAAUAACCAGGGAAAUGAAAGGGGACAUGAUAACAUUUUGAUUGAAUGCAAGGAGGAAAGUUUCGGUGAGCAAAGUGUCAUCUUUCCAACAGAAAACAAAGAACCAGCAUUUGCCACUCUUAACACUAACCUUCAUUUUACCUGGUGCUAUCUAAACUACAUAAAGCCCAAUCCAUCCAUCCAGAGUGAAGACCAAAACUCAGUUUAUUCCUCAUGGUCUACAAGCACUAGCAAUCCAUACCCUCCUGGCCUGACAAGCAAGGAAAUGCUGUCCCUCUUGCACUGUAGACAAAGACACGGCCCACUCAUCUACACCAUGGCGGCAAUGACACCAUUUCUGGAUAUAAAACAAGAGAUACCUGACUCCCCAAUACAAAAGGUUACUGAGGUACAUGCCACUCAGCCCACAGAAACAAAAGAAGUCCAGCAAGCUGAGUUGACAGAGAUAGAAAAGGAAUCAACGGAGGAGAAGGAGGAUCAACUGUCUACCUCCCAAUGCACCGCACGGGUACAGAUUUGUGAGGGAGGCUACAGGUCAAAUGAGGACUACGUUUAUGUACGUGGCCGGGGAAGAGGGCGAUAUGUAUGUGAGGAGUGUGGGAUACGCUGUAAGAAACCCAGCAUGCUGCGCAAACACAUACGACUGCAUACGGACGCUCGCCCUUACAUCUGCCAGCACUGUAACUUUGCCUUCAAAACCAAAGGGAAUCUGACCAAGCACAUGAAGUCAAAAGCUCAUGGGAAGAGAUGUCCAGAGGGAAUCGCUCCUGGACCGGUCCAAUGUGAGCUUGAGACAGAUGAUGGAGGUGAAAGAGGAACGCUUUUCUUUGAGACGGAGGUGGUGGUGGAUCAUCAGUUCUCUGAUGCUGAGGAGAGCGACGUGGAAGAGACUGAAGAUAAUGAUGAGGAUGAUGAACAGGCAUCUCGUUCCUCCUCGUCCUCUGUGAGCAGACAUCUCUCCAGUGAUGAUUUCGACUCCCGUGAGCCCCCUGGGCUUUCCAACCCGGGCUGGGAGCAAAAUCCUACAGUCCCUGACAGUUUGAGUCCCCGGAGGCCAGGACGCUACGGAGAAGCUGCCUCUCCCAAGACCACAAAAUCCAUAGCAACACUUCCACACCUGGAACCCACCACAGGGAGAUGCUCAUCCCCCAUCCGCAGCCUCUCUCCAGGCCUGCAAAUGUCCCCUGCUUUGCCACAGUCUCCUGGACGAGACCUGUCCCCGUUACGCGGUCCCUCUCCAUCUUCUUGUCGGUCCUCACUGUCUCCUUCAAGCCGUCCAACUUCUACGUUUCCUGAGAGACGUGUGUCCCCCAUCAGAGCCCUGUCACCCAUACUACCUUUGUCACCGAGUCUUGCCUUGACCGUUGGGGCCAGUGUGACUAUUCAGUACCAAGCUGGCGGACCCAGAGAUUUAACAAAGGUCUCACCCAGCAGACUGCACCCCAAGACUAAACUGACACACAGUCCUCAGAGAAGGAUGAACAUGGCACAGUCCUGGCCUCCACCACAUGGCCGUCUCUCCAGGAACCUGCAGCCCAGGGCAGGCCAGCGAGUGUUAAGUCACCUGCCUCUGCAUUCGCAGCCUCAAGCGACAACUCCCAAUCUCACCAUUCCUAUUGGAGGAAUCCAGAUGGUUCAGCCACGCUCCAAUAUGCUCCUGAGGAGCGCAUGUCUGAAUCCCAGUGUGGCUCAGAUGAGGGUCACAUUGCUGAAGAAGGACAAAAGGGCUGACGGGAGUCCUCCAGGAGAAGUUCCUCAUCGUAGAAAUCAUCUGAUAGUGUUCACGGAGCCCUCGGUGGAGAUGAGUUCAAAGAGUUCUGACACUUCCUCUGAUGGAGGCACUUCAUCAGAGGUUGUAUUGAAAAAGAGGGAGGUUCCGAGUGUUCCCAUGACGACUUGGAAGAGUAUCUCUCAAGGAAAGCUGAGAAAGCAUUCUCGUAGUCCCAAGAAACCACAAUCAGCGGACAGUUCAAGAGCGUCCAUUAACACUAAGAGUUAAAGGAAUCGUUCACCCAGAAAUUAACUUUCUGUCAUCAUUUACUCAGCUUAAUUUUGUUCCAAAACUGUAUGAUAAACAGAAUGUUCAUUUCUCUUUUCCAUGCAAUGAAAAUGAAUGGGGAGUAAUGCUGUUGUGACAAAAAGAAUAACAAAAAUAAAACUAGAGUGUAAUAAAAUUCAUCCAUCACACCAUUUGUCUUAUCCACCAUAUUCAUUGAAAAUCUUCACCUCCACUGUAGCUCUCUAAUCUUAUUCAAACCUGGCACAUUGUGUUUCAAGACACAUGACAACCAAAGCCUGGCAAUAUUGACAUCAAACUUAUAAGUGCCAUGAUUGAAAAUAUGGGGCAUUGACCAUUAAUGUUUCCAUGAUGUUCAAAUUUUGAAAUCUUUAAAAAAAAAACGAGUUUAAAACAUGUGUAUCAAGGUUGUAGAAAUGUAAUAUUUGUUUCCAUGUUGGUUUCGUACAUUAAAAAAAAAAAAUAAUAAUAAUAAUGAAUGAAUGACUUAGUGUCACGUGGUGCAACCAUCAGGACUUAAAGGUGCUGAAAGCUAUUUCUGUCAUGGAAAAGUAUGCAAAAAAUGUUCCUUCUCCCUUAAAGAUAUUAAUGAAAUAAGUGUAAUGAGAUAUCUCACCGGUCUCUGUGACAGCUGUAGACUUUGUAAACAGCAAACAAAAAAGUGUCCGCGGACCGCAGACAUUGACGCUUUUCAUUUUGCUCAUUCUCAUAUACGCUGUAUUUGAAGCGGAUCAUUGAGGAUAAUAUUCAUAAUAUUUGUUGAUGGCGCUAUUGUGCCACUGUUGAAUUUGACAGCCACAGUGACAAACAAUGCUGCUCUUUUUCUCGGUUUCAAAAUGAUCUUUGGAGGGCGGGGUUUUGAAAUGAGUGGGCGUGGUUAAUUCAACGGCCCAGUCACGUGAAAGCUUCAGAACUCUAAAAUCUGUAAUCGUAAAUAUCGAUAAUAAAGUAAUAACAUUGAACAACGUAGUCAUUUAUUUAAAAAACGUUUUCAAAUAUAUUUUUCAAGGUAAAAUACAUUUUUUUAGAAUUUUUCUAAGGGUAACUCCAAUUCAAAGUUUUCAGAAAAAUAAAAAAAAAAAUCUGAUAUUUACAAAUAAAUGUAUAAAUCACGCAUAUUCAUGCUGAUUUUUUUUCUAGCGCGUGCGUGCGUGCGUGUUGGUUGCACUACCUGGCUUUGGUUUCGUGAACAAAAGUUUUCAAAUAUAAAUCAUAAUUUAUAAAAAAAUAAAUAAUAAUUAACUGCUUUUUUGUUGCUGUUGUUGUUGUUGUUGUUGUUUAGAUAGCACUAAAAUAUUAUUCCAAACUACUGAUGCCAGUAUAUAAUGUUUCAUAGAAUUUCAGCUUUUAUCGAGGCUUUUAUUAUUUGUUAUUUCCUGUCUCCAUACAGUUACAAUACAUUACUUUAAAUUCCGUAAAAAUAUCAGAAUGACUUAUAAUGUGAAAUGUAAGUAAUUCCGCGCGCGCGUGUGUGUGUGUGUGUGUGUGUGUGUUUUUGAAUUUCAUUUGAAUGUAUUUUUGAAGAACUUAAUCCGGACAAAAUUGACCCACAUGCAAAAUCGAAUGAGUUGUGAGAGCUUGGGGGGUGGGGGGCUUAUAUUUCAGUCUGUUCCUCACAAAUAGCUAUCGAGUGGCUUCAGAAGCCUGAUAGUUAGGCCUAUGGAUAUAGUAAUUGUGUCAUAUGGACUACUUUAUGGUGCUUUUGGAGCUUGGAAGGUUCUGUCCUUUUUAACUUUUAUUGUGUGGAAAUCAAAAAACAGUGUGAAUAUUGUGCCUAACAUACAGAUUUGGAACGACAUCGGGGUGAGUAAAUGAUGACAGAAUUUCCAUUUUUGGAUGAGCUAAUCUUUUAAGGACUCUGAUGUUUGUCUGACUAACCUGAAUAAUUCUUGCUUGGUUCAGCCUAUAUGCAGAUGUGUAGAUAAAUGAUGUAGCUAAUCGGUGUAUAUUUUCUUGUCUGCUGUCUACUUUAUACACACACCAUUCACACAUGCACACAUAUCUGUGUGUGGUAUGCUAUGUGUGUACAAUGAAUGCAUUUUAUUAUGUAUGUAUUUAAUACAAUUAUAUACAGUGCCAAUAAAAUCAAACUGCCCAUGGGCAUUUUCACAUUUUGUGUUACAGCAUGAAACCAUUUAUCCAAGAAUUUUCUCCAUUCAUUUUUCCAAGUACAAAGCACUUAAUGUUCUAUACUGUAAAUCUUAAUAGAAAUCCUACUGUACAAAUGUUUGUUUUUAUAUGCAUUUAUACUAUAUUCUUAGACAUGGCCAUAUGUAUGUGUUUUUCUUUGAUGUAGGCCUAUGUGACAGUCAGUAGAAUAUUUUUGGCCAACAAUUUAAAGACUUGUGCAUUUGCAGUAACUAGUCUAGAACAUGGUCAAACUCAGAAGAUGAACUGGUCCGGUUGAUGUUCAGUUGUUCUUGUGAUGUUGAUGGCUUCAGAUAUGGGACAAUGUCAGUAAGGUGUUCCUCCUGAUGUUCUGUAUUCAGAUAGAGAGAGAGAUCUCUUCCUUGUGUAAUCAUUUAAAGGAGUCACUCAUGAUAACCGACAGGACAGAGCAUUAUCACCGAGUUUGAAAGAAUAAUAAGAACUUGUACUACAAGAUCGUUUCAAGAGUUAGUUGUUGCUUUGGCCAUGUUUAUUUUAUUUCGAUAAAAUAUGCACAAUAUGGACUUGUGUCCUGUCAGAAUUUUAUAAUGUCAAAAUAUAUGCAAACAUAUUCAGUGGAGCGGCAUCUUGAUUUCUUUACACUUUAUUAAUGAAGGCUGUUAAUUACAUUAGUAUUUCUAAAAUAUUUUAUAAAGUAUUUAUGUAAAAUAUUUUAAUCUU